AUGGCUGUGUUUAUUCUAAAAUUGAUCUUAUUUUCAGCCUGUGGCGGUGAACUGAUCGCGACUGACGCUUGGCAAACGCUCACCAGUCCACCGGGGAAAGAUGUCUUGUGUUACUGGAGGAUAUCGGCGCCCGAUGGAUCUCACGUACGUUUCCGACUGUCUGACGGAGAAUUCCCCUGCUCAUAUGGCUGCCAGUCAUAUGUGGAAAUCAAACACAAAUUGGAUAUUCGAUUGACCGGAUUCCGGAGGUAA